GAUACUCACCUGAGCUUCACAUGUUCUUUUAUCUUUCCUUCAUCAUAAUUUCAAAGAAACCCCACAAAGAAAACAAUUUAUAUUUAUUAUAAAAGAUAAUUCAACAAUCCCAACUUCCUUAUUUCACACUCUGACAUUCCCAGAUCUUUUGCUGUUACACACUAUUCACUUUGUUUUUUGGGAUUUGAGAUUUACCCUUUUCUGUUCUCUGAUUAAUUUACUGAUUUUCGCUUCUGGGCAUGUUUUUUUUGACCAAAUUCAAUCUUUGCGAUUUUUUUUCCUUUUGAUUCAAGGUUUGGAUACAGAAUUCCUAUCAAUAAGGAAAUAAGAAUUAAUACAUCCUGUAGGUGAUGGAAAUCUUUUGAGAUAGUUUAGGAGAUUCUGACAUCUACCCAAUAAAGAUUUUCAGGGUUUCAAGUAGGAAGAGUUGAUGACUUUUGUGGGUGAUUUGUGGGUGAAACUGAAUUGAUCAGAGGUUUUGAAGGGUAAUGAAGUGAGUUGUGGGAUCAAGGUGAGUUCAUGGACCGUCGGAGUUGGUUAUGGAGGAGAAGGUCAUCAGAUAAGUGUCCUGGUGCUGAGACCGAUAGCUCAGGAUCAAUUUCUUCCCCUUCUGAGAGAUUCUCAGAUGAGCACCAGGCAUCUCCAAAUCAAACUACGCAAUCACCAGAGGUCACCUCAAAAGUGGCACCUCAUGAUGAAGAUGUCAAUGAUGGAGUGAAUAUUUUGACCAAGAAACUAUCUGCUGCUGUUGCAACUAUUAGUGCAAAGGAAGAAUUGGUAAAGCAGCAUGCUAAAGUUGCAGAAGAAGCUGUUGCAGGUUGGGAAAAAGCUGAAAAUGAGGUAGUUAUAUUAAAGCAGCAACUCGAUGCUGCAUCAAAGAAAAACUUGUCACUUGAGGAUAGGAUACUGCAUCUUGAUGGGGCCCUCAAGGAGUGCUUGAGGCAGUUGCGACAAGUGCGAGACGAGAAAGAUGAAAAGACUGAAGAAGCCAUUUGUAAGAAAGCACCCGAUUCAGAGUCCAAAAAAUGUGAGUUUGAAGUUCAGAUUUCUGAUCUACUUGCCCAACUUGAAACGGCAAAUGGUAAGCUGGAAGCUGCGGCUUCUUUGGAGUCCGAUCUUCGCCUCAAGCUAGGUUAUAUAGAAAAGGAAAAUACUUCUUUGCAAAUGAAACUCCGUUCUCGAGUAGAAGAGUUAAAAAUCAGGACUCUUGAAAGGGAUUUGAGCACAAAAACAGCAGAAACAGCGAGUAAACAGCACUUAGAGAGCAUAAAAAGGGUUGCUAAGCUUGAGGCUGAAUGCCGAAGAUUGAAAACCAUGGCCCGUAAGGUAACAUCAUGUAAUGAUUCUACCACUGACGGUCAAUCAGAUUAUAGAGAAAGGUUAACUGAUUGUGAGCCAAACCGAUCAGAUUUAUGCACAUCUUCUCAUAAAGUUGAAAAAACGCCCUCAAAAACCCACAUGCCCCCACCACUAGAAAUUAAUCUCAUGGAUGAUUUCCUCGAGAUGGAGAUGUUAGCAGCAUUGCCCGAGAAUGAAAAUAAUCGGAGUUUUGAACGUGCAACCUCAAUUGACGAACAUAGUAACAACAAUUGCUCCUCGCUAAAAUUGGAACUUGAUACCAUGAUAAAAAGAGCGGCUGAGCGCGAGGAGAAGAUCGAGUUUCUUGAAACAGAAAAGGUUAGUUUAGCUUCGGCGUUAACUCAAUGCCAGGAUAAGUUGAAGCUUUCGGAAGCUCAGUUGAACACAUGUCAGAAUCAACUGAAGAUAUCACAAGCACAGUUGAGAGAAGCGAAUAAAAAGCUUGGAAUGUUGCAGGAUGAAUUGGAUUUGGCAAAUGAAUUGAGGCAGGCAAUUGACCUUGAGCUCGAUGAUGCAAAUGUGAGGAAGGAAGAGGCGGAGUCUCGGUGUAAAGUAAUCGAGGAUGAGAGGGAAAGUUUGCUCUCUAAAGUGAGUUUUUUGGAGGGCGAGGCUGAAAAGGAGACAGCAUUAUGUGAAGAGGCUUCAAUGAAGUGUCGAACUUUGGAAGACGAGCUUUCUAGGAUGAAACACGAAUAUGAUACAUGGAAAAGUCGGUUGGAAUCUGCAAAUGAAUCGAGGGAGGCACUUGAGCGAGAACAUAUGAGCACAACUGCAAAAAAAGAGGCUGCAGAAUCACAACUAAAAGAUGUGAAAGCCGAGGCUUUAGUAAAGUGUCGAACUUUGGAAGAUCAGUUGGCAUCUAUGAAUGAAUCAAAGGAAGCGCUUGAGCGAGAACUUAUGAGUACAACUGCGCAGAAAGAGGCUGCAGAAUCACAACUAAAAGAUGUGAAUGCCGAGGCCAAAUCCCUACUCGCUAACAUUGGUUCCUUGGAGGAAGAUAUAGGAAAUGAGAGACGGUUGUCUGAAGAAUUUAGUGCCAAGUGUAAGGUGUUAGAGAAUGAGCUUUCGAGAAUGAAAAAUGACGCUGAGACCUGGAAAAGUCAAUUAACUUCGGCCAAUGACUUGAAGGAUUCGGUUAAUGAAGAGCUUCAAAUGAUAAAUGCAAAGAAAGAAGAAGCAGAGUCACAACUUAAAGAAGCACUUGCUAAAGUUGGCUCAUUGGAGCAUGAAGUGGAAAACGAGAGGGCGUUGUCCGCGGACUUUGCAUCCAAGUGUAGGAAGUUAGAAUAUGAGCUUUCGAAGAUAAAAUCUGAAGCCUGUUUUCAGGUUCCACUGAUAUCCAAGGAGGAGUUGAAUAAACAGCAGUUUUGGCAGGAAAAAGAGUUAGCAGUAGCUGCCAACAAACUGGCAGAAUGUCAAAAAACAAUUGCAUCACUCGGAAAUCAACUGAAAUCGCUGGCAUCACUCGAGGAUAUUUUCUUGGAGUCAGAGAGGCUGAUGGAGGUCUCUGGAGAUCUUCCUCUAAGCAGCAGUGUAAUUUCUGAUACAUUAACGUCAGAAUCUUACCGGAAUACUUCAUCAUUCCGAAAGGAAAUUAAGGGAAAGUCUGCCAAAUAUGAUGCUGCUAAAAAGGGUUUGUCAUCAUUGAGUCUAGACAGCAAGCAAGACGAACAUGGGUAUGUGAAAUUGUUUGCUCGAACUAAGAGCAUAGUUAGAAGCUAGAACACUUGAAUAAACAGAUGGUUUAUACUAUGUGAUGUCUGCGCACAUUCUCCGCAUAGUGGGGUCCGGGGAGGAAGGUAGCGGACAGAUCAUACCCGUAUCCCUUCCAAAGAGAGGAAACGCGCACUCAGAUAAUUCUAUUGUCUAUUGUUUUAUUAUAAAUCCGUGCCUCGGAUUUGUACAUUACUUUUGUGUAUAGGGAGUUUUAUCAUCAUGUGCAACUCUUGAUCCACAUUUUUGAUUGGUGAGGUAUAACAAAAGUGAAAGUGUACAUCGUGUGAAGAAUUUCUUAGGCAAGAUAAAUUUAGUUGUUUUUUUUGUUGGCCCAACAGCCAUGAAUAAUCCACAUUAGUAUGAUAAUCUCUGCUAAGAUCUGAGCCCACACAUAAUUUCUUUAGGGUAUACCUUCCCAAGAAGCAUCAUUCAAUUACUUUUAUGUUUGUCAAAGCUUUCUUAUUUUUUCGAUAUGAAACCUGGAAUGUACAUUCAACAGAUUUAAGUGAUCAAACUAGUACAAGUAAAAAUCUAUGAUUACAUCACCAAUAAAAUAUUAUAAUAGAAUUUAGUUAAGU